AUGGAACCUGUGCGUCGCCGACGAAGACCAGCUGUGUCAUGCAAUCUUUGUCGGAAGCGCAAGAUGCGCUGUAAUCGCGGAUCGCCGUGUAGCAAUUGCAUGCGCGCAAGAAAGGGCGAUUGCGUCUACGAGAAUCCUCCUCCAGCUGAAAGAAGCACCGCAAGUCAAGAUCAUAUCGCCGAGAUCGGGGGAGAUUUCAAUGCAUUUUUCUCACUGCCAACGCCUGAAGAUCUUGUCGCAAGCGCAAACUCUGCAUUACCCGGCGUGAGUACAGCAGCAGCGAGCUCUUCAACAGGUGCGCCGACACCGGUCAGUCAAUCGUCUGUUCAGGAACUCGACAUGCUGCGAAGCAGAGUGCGUCAGCUCGAGAGUCAACUAUCCUCAGCCACUGCAACACCAUUGCAAUCUCAUCUCUCAACGCCAGCCUCAACACUUGAAACCUCGACUUCAAGAUUAGGCGGAACAUUUCACCUGCAUUCUCAAAGACAACAUGCCGGCGCAUUAGCAACACCUCGAGCCAUCUCUCACAAGUCGCGGUUCUUCGGGCAGAGCCAUUUUGUCUGUGGAUUACCAUUGCUUCGAGACAUCAUAGAAGCAAUUGACCAGUACGCGAGUGAGACUUCAGGUCUUGUUAUCGGAGUCCAGAAGUGCAAGACUAUGGCAAAGCGCAUAAAAGCACUACGUGCACCAGCAUGGCCGACACCACUCACCACGGAAUUGGCAUCCAAGGCUGUUUGCGACAGUCUCAUCGAGUGUUACCUGGAAGGUAUAGAGAAGGUGUAUCGUGUACUUCACGUACCGACAUUUAGGAACAAGUAUGAUGCUCUGUGGACCUCUGAUGUUGAGUCAGACAGGGACUUUGUGGCUCAACUCAAACUGGUGCUUGCGCUGGGCGCGACGACCUACGAUGGCAAUUUCUCGUUACGAGCCUCGGCCGUUCAAUGGAUAUACGAAGUUCAGACGUGGAUAUCAGAGCCAGAGUUCAAAUCCAGGCUCGGUAUCCAAUUUCUUCAAACAAACAUUCUGCUUGUUCUUGCCCGGGAGAUGGUCUCUGUGGGAGGCGAAUCGCCCUGGAUCGCCUGCGGAUCGCUCCUCAGGACCGCUGUGUCGAUGGGUCUGCACAGAGAUCCCGCACUUUUAUCGAAAACUACGACAAUGGCUUGUGAGAUGCGACGAAGGCUUUGGAAUACGAUACUGGAACUCUGCCUGCAGUCAAGUCUCUCGUCUGGAGGACCGCCAAUGAUUACAGAAGAAGAGUUCGAUACUGAGCCGCCCGGGAAUUUUGACGAUGACGAAAUUAUGGUAAAUGGUGCGACUUCCAGACCGAACAGCGUCUUCACCCAAGUUUCGACAGCGAGGGUAUUGCGAUUGACGUUUGGUACUCGUCUCAAAGUUGUCAAGUUACUCAACAAUCUCAAAUCCGGUGACUCGUAUCAAGAGACACUGCGUCUUGAUGCAGAACUGAAAGCUUCAUACAAGGAAGCCAAUCGGUUUUUGAAGGACUGCAAAAGGGGCCAAAACUCAGCAACGGAGUUUGAGCUGUCUGUAGGUGACUUCAUCGUGCGCCGGUAUUUCUGUGCACUUCACUUUCCAUACUAUGGACUCUCUUUGCAAGAACCGAGCUACGCCUUCUCGCGGAAGAUGACGGUCGAGUCAGCUUUCAGAAUGUGGUCCACUAUAUUCUCAGACAAUGCCAACAUGGUAACCUCUCCAGACAAACGACAGUUCGCGCGUCUCGUCACAUGCAGCUCUGGGUUCUUUCGACUCUCAGCAUGGCAGUCCAGCAUCUUACUCGUCCUCGAACUGAGGAGCACGGUCCAAGAGGACGACAGCUUUUCCCUGGCACCAGUACGACCAGACUUGUUGAAAGUCAUGGAGGACUCGAAAUCAUGGAACUUGCGAACCAUCGAAGCGGGCGAGACCAACAUCAAAGGCUAUCUCAUGCUGUCGAUAUUGAGGGCACAGAUCAUGGGCAUCAUGCAACAUUUAUCUGAAUCUGAGAUCGUUGAGUUCAUAAUCAAAGCUGGUGAAGAGGCGAUGCAAGAUGCAUUAGUAGUGUUUGAAUCGUUCUUGGCUCAAUUACAACCUGACGGUACAGAGAUUCAAGAUUUGCAGGAAAUUGAUCUUGGCUUUAUGAAUGACUGGGAUUCACUGAUGGUCGACGAUUUUCUUGAUGAUGGUGUUUCGGAUCCACUUACAUGGAUAUUUUGA